AUGCGCUCCCACAGAACAGGCACCCAUCUCCUAAACACCUUAAAAGCUCUCCAUCGGAGAAACUUUGGGGAUCAAGUGCAGGCGCCACGUAAGGAUGGGCGGCACAUCCACACUGUAAGGAAGCCGACUCCGCCCACAGCGGUCCCACUCUAUGAAAUUAUACGAAAUCUUCCAAACUUAUUUCCACUCCCAACAUCGCAGUCAUGGGAGGACUACAAGGCGUUUAAAUCGGAUAGAGAGGCGUUCCAGGUAGGCCUCUUGAGUACGCUGCCGUUUUUUGAGCGGGCUAGAGAAGGCAAGAUUGGGAAGAUAAUCAGGACUCCGGUGGAUGAUGAGGGCAAUUACAUAAAUGAAUUCUGUAUCAGGCCUGCUUCUAUGGAAGAGAAUCACGGCGCUGCGACUAAUCACUUGAUAUUCAUACACGGCUAUGGCGCAGGGUUGGGCUUUUUCAUUAAAAACUUCGAGCACUUGCCCCUGCUGGAUGAUCAAUGGGUCAUUCACGCCAUAGACUUACCAGGUUAUGGUUAUUCGACCAGAUGCCAAUUUCCCUUCGAUGUUAAUACUCAUUCAGUGCGGGAGGUGGAGGCUUGGUUCCAUGAGCGCCUUGAGACAUGGCUAUCUAAGCGCGGUUUGCUGCAAGCACCGCAUAGAAAUAUGGUAAUGGCACAUUCCAUGGGUGCUUAUCUAACAGCCCAUUACGCUCAAUCACGGCAAAAUCAUUUCAAAAAGUUAAUCAUGUGUUCACCAGCUGGCAUAUCGCCCUCCAAGUCUAUGAAAAAGCAGCCGCCAUGGUGGUUUAUAAAGCUGUGGGAUCGGAAUGUGUCUCCGUUCUCAUUGGUAAGAAAUAGUGGUCCGUUGGGAUCCAAGUUGACUAGCGGCUGGUCUUUUCGUCGUUUCAGGCACCUGUUGAAUGAAGGGGAAAUUGGCAUGCGUCAAUUCGAGGCACUGCAUAAGUAUUCCUACGCUAUAUUCAAUAUGCCAGGAUCUGGGGAAUACUUGUUAAGCUUUGUGCUAAAAUGCGGCGGGGAUCCUCGUAUCCCGCUUCUUGGAAGCAUGUUCAGCCCGGAGAAAGAACAUGGCUUUAAAGCACAAUGUGAAUGGCUAUGGCUUUAUGGGGACCAUGACUGGAUGGAUAAAGAAGGGGGACAACGCGCCUCUUCAUAUAUAACAGAUCGAAUUGGCGGUAAAUCCCGAGUCGAAAUCGUCCCGAACUCUGGACAUCAUCUUUACUUCGAUAAUUACUCCUACUUCAACAAAAUCCUCUUGAGGGAAAUGCAGAGUAUGAUGCAAACGUGA